AUGGAUAAUCGAGGUAUACGUAGAAGGAAAGAAGGACAAGAAAACGAUAUCAAUAUAGAGAAUAAUGCCGACAUAUUUAUUAGAGAGACUUCAAGAAAUAGUAGUAAUAAUUGGAAUAAUAAUAUAAGGAAAUAUGAGAAUGAACAUAAAAAUAUGCAUACUAAUAAUUCUUUAAGAAAUAUAACAAGGAAGGGAAUGGCAAGUGAUGAUUCAUCAAACGAUGGAAAAAAAAAAUCUGUGAGUAUAUUUAAUAGUGCUAAUAUAAGUUCUAUAUCAAAUAAUUGUAUGAAAUCAUUUAAUAACAUUUUGAAUAAUAUAAAUUACAAUAUAACUAGUGCAACAACAUUUAAUAUUAAUAGUAGUAGUAAUAAUAAUAAUAAUAUAUAUAGUAAUAAUUAUAAUAGGAAUCAUAAUAUGUAUAAUAAUAAUAAUAAUAAUUUUUUACAGAAUCAUAGUAAAAAUAGCUUUUCCAAAGGUUUUGGAAUACAAAAUAAUGCAAAUGUAUACAACCAACAUUAUAAUAAUAAUAAUAUAAAUCAAAGGACUGAUAACUAUAAUUACAACUUCCACAAUAAUAAUAAUAAUAAUAAUAUCAAUAGUUCUAAUGUUAAUCACCAAUAUGGUAGUAGAAAUGAACCCACACUUAAUAGCCACGAUUUAGAAAAAUUUUUAAAUAAUAACGAGAACGUAAAUAAAAACCAUUCAAAUAGUAGCUUUAGUAAUAACUUCUGUAUGAAUGAAAUAAAUAGUUUAAAAAAUAUUACAAAUGAUGAUACAUAUGUUACGUGUCUAGAAAAUUUAUUAAGGAAUCAUGGAAAUAUUGAUACUAAUGAAAUGUAUAAAUAUAAUGAUAAAAAUAUUAAUUGUUUGAAUGAUAUCAUAUUUUUAGAUGUAUAUCGAGCUUAUAAUGUAUUAACAUACAUGCAAGAAAAAGUUAGUGUUAUAAUUUUUACAAUUAAAUUUAUAGGACAAAAAUUAAAAAGAAAACAUGUUCCUGAAGAAGUUGUUAUUUCUUUGGAAUUUCUAAAUUUCUGUGUAAAGAACCUAGGUUUAUUUUUCGCUAGAUUUAUUGAUGAAAGUUUUAUGAAAAAGAUAAGUAAACUCUUAAGAACGACUACUUUAAAAAAAUCAUUAACAAAAGAUGUUAAAUCGAAAUUAUCCAAAUUUUUAAUAGUACCAAUUAUACAUCCAGGUGUAGCUACAGAUCCAAGACUUCAUUUUAUUAAGAGAAAAAUUUUAUUCAUGAUGCAAUUAUGGCAUGAUUCAUUUAUAUUACAUCAACAUAUAUGCACGGCAAUAUUUGCUGAAUAUAAAUCAUUAAAAGAAAAAGGAAUUACAUUCCCUGUUAUUAAUAAAGCUGAGAAGUUUUUUGUAAAAAAUGCUGAUAUGUCUCCAUCUUUUUCGGAUGAUAAUAUACUUUAUGAUAUACCCUUAAAUUUAACACAAAUUAAUAAUAUUAUGAAAAGUCUAAAAGCAAUAAAAAAUAUGACCAAUGGUCAAGAAAAAGUUAAAUGUAUACAAAUUGUUUCCAAGUAUAAAAAUGAUAUAUUACAAUCUAUAAACAAAUUAUCGGAUUAUAAAGGAAAUUCUAACAUAUCAUUAACCUUAAAUUCUUUAUUAUAUAUUAAUGAUCAAAUAUGUAUUUUUCAAAAAGAUAUCCAAAAUGAAAACUUGGAAAAUUUACAAAAUAAACAACAUGAUAAUAAUAAUACUCCUGAUAAACAUUUGGAAAAUAGUAAUGACAACCAUGAAGAUAAUCAUCAUGAUUAUAAUGUUAAUAAUAAUAUUAAAAAAAAAAGUAAAAAAAAAAAUAAAAACAAUAAGGAUAAAGAUAAUACCCAAAUGGAUAAUCUUAAUAAUAUCAUUUUUAAUAAAUAUGAUCCAUGGAAUGUUGAACAAAAAAAUGAAAAAACUAAUGAAAACGAUAAUAUCAAUAAAUUGUUUUUUAACAAUGAAUCAGAUCAUUUUGAUCAAAGUAAAAAAAAUUCAUCAUUUAAAAAUUUAAUAAAUAAUCAAAAUAAUGACUCUUUGUUGUUUAAUAAUGAUAUCAUGUUUUCAUUUGCAGAAAAUGAUUUACAAAAUGUAAAGGAUAAUUCAAAAAAAAAUGAAAACAACAUAUUAUUGGAUCAUAUAGAUAGUAAAAAUAAUAAUAAUAAUAAUAAUAAUAAUAAUAAUAAUAGUAAUAUUAUGCAAGAUGGUGAAAAUAUAGAAAAUGUUGAUGAUAAAUAUAGCUUCUUUAACGAAUUAAAUGAUUUUGAUUAUAAUACAUAUAAUAUAUCAUCUAGCCAAAAUAUAUACAAUUUAGAACUGAAUAAUAAUAAUAAUAAUAAUAAUAAGGAUUGUUCAUAUGGAAAGGACACAUUGUCAGAUUCUGUCAACCAUCCAAUGAAUAAUCAAAGGGUAAGUGAUAUUUCAAAGGAGAAAGAAAAAUUAGAUUAUCCCAUAAGUAAUAAAAUAAAUCUUGUAAAUUCUUCAAGUUUGAAUAUUAUAAAUAAUAAUAUGUGUGAUGAUCCAAAAGAAUUGAAUAAUGAAUGUAUUAAUGAGAAAAAUAAUAUUUACAUCGAAACGGAAAAUCUAAAUUUUAGUAAUUUCAAGAGAGAGGAAUUACAUGAUUUCAAUAAUGAAAAUCCACCUUUUACAACCAAUCAAAUAAAAAAUCAUAAUUUACAAUUGAAUAAUGAGGAUAAUGAUUUGUUGAAUGAUAGAAAUGACAAUGAUAAUUUAAAGUUACAAAAAAAUAAUAUUAUAUUAACAAACCAAAGGAAUAAAUCACUAUAUUUAGAUGAUGAUAAUAAUAAUAAUAAUAGUAAUGAUACGAAUAGGGAUAAUAACUUAAAAGUGUAUGAUAAUUUUAUGAUAGAUAAUACAUCUUAUAUUAUAAGUACUGAUACAUCUUCGUAUAAACCAAAAAAUUCUCCUGAUAUAAAAAAUUGUUCCAUUGGAGACAACGAACAAAAUGAUAAAAACGAUAACAAUCAUUUGAAUUAUACUUAUAAGGAAGAAGAUGUGAAAGAGAUGAAUGUGUAUGAUCACAUGAGUAAGAAGGAUUAUCACGAUUUAUUUGACACAUUUGGAUUUAAUACAAAUGAAGGGAAAAAUCAAAAGGACGACGCUCAUAAAAACGUGCCUCUUGAAAAUAUGAUUAGUGAUAAUAUUAAUAAGGACGAUGAUCAUAAUGUAGAGUAUAAAAUUAAUUCCGAAUCCAAUGAUAACAACCAUUCAGAAUAUAAUGCGCAAAAGGGUGAUGAUAUUGAACAUAUAUAUAAUAAUAAUAAUAAUAAUAUCGAAAAUAAUAAAAGUAAUAAUAAUAAGAGUGAUAAUCAUGAAGAUAACAAUAAUAAGAGUGUUAAUCAUGAAGAUAAUAAUAAGAAGAAAAAUUACGAUAAAAUGGUAAAUAAAGAUGAUGCACAUAUUUUGGAUCCAUUAGACAACAAUAAAAUGAAUGAGCAAAAUGAUAAUACUCCUGUAGAGCAAAUUGUAACAAAUAAUGAAAAAAUAGAAGAUGUCAAAAAUAAUAAUACUAAUAAUAAUAUAUCCAUACAACAUAAUGAAAAUGAAGAUGAAAAUGAAGACGAAAAUGAAGACGAAGAUUCGAACGAUAUUAAUUUUGAUGAAAUUGAUGAGAUCACAAAAGCUAUAGAUGACCUGAACGAUAAUUUUGAAAGUAUGGAUAUGUAUAAAUAUGAUCAUUAG